AUGCAAACUACAACAAUUUCUAAAGUAAAAACAACACCGUCAACAUGUUUUCGUCCCAAAAUUACCAAUAUAAGACAGCAGAAAUGCGAUCAAGAAAAAUCGCCACUUAUAUCAGCAUUUCUUAUGAUCCCAUUUGAAGAAAAAAUACAUCGCACAACAAAAACAUCAAAAUCUUAUGCCAACAAAUGGCUUAAAAUUCCUGAAAUGCGAAAUGGUAUUUUAUUUACAAGAUGUCAUUGUGUACAUAGAGAUGGUCUUCAAGAUUCUUGUCCAUUAAGUCAAUGUCAACAGGACCCUAAUUGUUUGGUCAAGCCAUGGCCUAAGUGUCCACCAGCAAAAUAUUUGCAAUCUCGACAUCCAGAACAGUAUCCACCAUACAAAUAAUGCGAAAUGCCAGACAUAUAACAGUAUAUGUUACACACGAAUAAAUAUCGAUUUAGAAAAAUAAAAUUUAAUUUUAAAUAAUUUAUGGUAAAACAUUUAAAAAAUACAGUUGUAUUUUUG